AUGAGGAUACCCGGCACCGGCGGGCUCUGCCCCGUCCUCUUAUGCCUCUGCUUCAUCCAGAGGGUCCACGGGGCGAGCCACCACCCGCCCGCCAGGGUGCUGGCCCGCAACCCCAGCAGGAACCAGAGCAAGCUGGCCAACGGGGAGACGGAGGUGCACCACAGGCCCAAACGGGGAUGGAUCUGGAACCAAUUCUUUGUUUUAGAAGAACACAUGGGGACAGAGGAGCAGUACGUGGGAAAGCUUCACUCCAACUCCGACAAAGGUGACGGAACGGUGCGCUACAUUCUGAGCGGCGAGGGCGCGGGGACCAUCUUCCUGAUUAACGAGGUUACGGGAGACAUCCACGCCACUAGGAGUCUCGAUCGUGAGAAGAAGUCGCACUACGUGCUGCACGCGCAAGCUUUGGACCGCCAUACAGAGGAGGCGCUGGAACCAAAGUCGGAAUUCAUCAUCAAAGUCCAGGACAUCAACGACAACGCGCCGCAGUUUCCGGACGGACCCUUUGUCGCCACCGUGCCCGAAAUGUCCGACGUGGGCACGUCAGUUCUACAAGUGACUGCCACCGACGCCGACGACCCGACGUACGGAAACAGCGCACGCAUCGUCUACAGCAUCCUACAAGGACAGCCAUAUUUCUCCGUGGAUCCCAAAACAGGGACCAUCAGGACUGCCUUAGCCAACAUGGACCGGGAAGCCCGGGAACACUACAUUGUGGUCAUCCAGGCCAAAGACAUGGCGGGCCAAGUCGGCGGUCUCUCCGGAUCCACCGUCAUCAAUGUCACGCUCACCGACGUCAAUGACAACCCGCCGAAAUUCCCGCAAAAAAAUUACCAACAGUACGUCCCAGAGUCUGCUCAAGUCGGUAAACCGGUAGGGAAGAUUAAAGCUAACGACGACGAUUUGGGCGUUAACGCGGACAUCAAGUAUAGCAUCAUUAACUCGGAAGGGGCUAACAUGUUUUCAAUCGCCAACGAUAAGGACACCAAGGAGGGGAUUAUCACCCUCAGAAAGCCGCUCAACUACGAGAGGAAGAAGACGUACACACUCCACAUUGAGGGCACCAAUACGCAUGUGGAUCCUCGUUUUUCCUACCUGGGCUCUUUCAAGGACACGGCUACGCUUAAAAUUACCGUCGGGGAUGUGGACGAAGCACCUGUUUUCUCUUUGGAUUAUUACAUCAUGGAUGUGUACGAGAACUCGCCCAGUGGCACCGAAGUGGGCGCCGUCACGGCUCGGGACCCUGACAGCAGGAACAGUCCUGUCAGGUAUUACAUGGACAAAAAGGAGUCAGAGCCAAUCUACUUCCGCAUGGACGAAAUCAGCGGCAUGAUCAGGACCACGCAGCCGCUAGACCGCGAAGACGCCGCCUGGCACAACAUCACCGUGAUGGCCUCGGAGGUUGACAACCCCGGCCUCCUCAGUUACAUCCCGGUCACCGUGCAGGUGCUGGACGUCAACGACAAUUCGCCGCAUGUGGCUGACGCCGACGAGGAGGUCAUCGUCUGCGAGAGCACCAGGGCUGGACAGGUGAUCCAGACGAUCAGCGCCGUGGACAAGGACGACUUUGCCAACGGACAACGUUUCUCCUUCGCGCUGUCCGAUCAAAUGCCGGUUAAUCCCAAUUUCACGCUUAAGGACAAUGAAGACAGCACGGCGAGCAUCGUGGCCCGGCGGCGGCGCUUCAACCACCUGACGCAGGAGCUGUACGAGCUGGCCGUGGUGGUCUGGGACAGCGGUGAGCCAUCCUUAAGCGGCACCAGCACCCUGACGCUGCAUGUGUGCCCGUGCCAGCGCCACGGGAAGAUUCGCAUGUGCCAAGGCGAGGCUUUCCUCUCCUCAGCUGGGCUCAGCACCGGAGCUCUCAUCGCCAUCUUGUUGUGCAUCGUCAUCCUGCUGGCCAUCGUGGUUCUGUUCGUGACCCUGAAGCGCAGCAAGAAAGAACCUCUCAUCAUCUCCGAGGAGGACAUCCGCGAGAACGUGGUCACCUACGAUGACGAAGGCGGCGGCGAAGAAGACACCGAGGCCUUCGACAUAAUCGCUCUACGCAACCCGGCCGCUGCCGAGGAGCUCAAGUUCCGGCGGGACGUGCGCCCGGAGGCCAAGCAGCUGCGCAACUCCGGCGGCGAAGCCCGUGGCCGGCGAAGCCCCUCGCUGCAACUGGACGAGACGGACGUGCAUGAGUUCAUCAAGCAGAGACUGGUGGAGGCCAACAUGGACACCAGCGGGCCGCCGUACGACUCGCUGCAGACCUACGCCUACGAGGGACAGGGUUCACCCGCGGGCUCAGUCAGUCCUUUGGACUCUCCGGGGACGGGAGCCCUGUCGGAGAAGGACUACCCCUACCUGGAUGACUGGGGACCUCAGUUCCAGAGACUAGCGGAAAUCUUCGCCGAGGCGGAACUCAACGCCAAGACUUAA